AUUGUACGAGUUAUUAUAUUCCAUCUGUUUUCAUUGACACCAACAUUUGAUUUACAGACUCGCCAAAAGAAAUCUUGAAAAUAUUCUGAAUAUUUCAACACACUAUAUGGAAUAUAGUUUGGCAAAAACCCAUCAUUUUGAAGACAACAGACGUACAAGACAAAGUUGCAACAUGUCAAACCCAGGAGCGAAAAUGUUUGCGAGAGUGACAUUCUUCCCAACUUUAUUUUACAACAUCGUUAUGGAAAAAAUUACAUCUCGAAAUUGGUACGACAGAAUAGACGAAACUGUUAUAUUAGGCGCCUUACCAUUUCGGCGAUUGACGAAGCAGUUAGUUGAAGAUGAAGAUCUCAAGGCUGUUGUAUCUAUGAAUGAAGACUACGAGCUACUUUUUUGCAAUACAAACAAGGAGUGGCAGCAAUACAACGUAGAAUAUUUACAAUUAUCUACAACAGAUAUCUUUCAAUCACCCUCGCAGGAAAAAUUGCAGAGUGGUGUGAACUUUAUUAACAAAUUUCGUUCUGUGCCAACUAAAAUGCUGGGUAAUUCUAACAGUGUCGAUGUUCACAACAAAUGUGGCACAGUUUACGUUCAUUGCAAAGCCGGAAGAACAAGAAGCGCAACACUGGUAGCGUGCUACCUAAUAGUAAAAAAUAAUUGGACACCCGAAGAAGCAGUAAGCUAUAUACAAACUAAGAGACCGCAUAUAUUACUCCAUACGGCACAAUGGUCUGCGCUAAAAGAAUUUUAUAGAAACCAUGUACAAUCUAAGUCGUAAUCAAAAAAUAUAUUUUAUAAAUUUUUGUUGUUUAAAAAAAAAAAUAAAAUGUUAUAUUUCUAAAACAUAUUCGUUUAUGUAUGGAUUUAAGUUUUGUAUAAAUAAAUAAGAAUUUACUAUAAAAAAUCGCGUAACUUUUCCGUACAUGAGUAGAAAUUACAAGAGUUACUUUAGGAGUGUCUUUCACUGAUUAUUAUUGUUAACAAUUUAAAUUUUCAUAUUUUCAAAUAAUAUGAGUUUGAAUCCUCUAAUUGAUCUGCGCAUUAAAACUUUAAAAGACAAUGUCCAUCAAGAUUUGUGUGCAUUAAAUUCAUUAAAAAUAAUUUCUCACGAGAAAGCUAGUAAUUAUUUUCACCGUUUAUUGAGUAAGUACAUACAGUAUAUUACCGUGUAUUGCGAAAUAUCUUGUUCAUACAGAAAAACAAAUAUAAUUUCACGUGAUGUUGGUUUGAAGUGAUUCGUAUAUAACUGAAAGGACCUUCAAAGAGUCAUUCUUUUUGUUAUGAGAUUAGUUAUUGUCCAAAGAUAAUGUACAAUUAAAAAUAAAUAGUAAUAAAUGCAACUUUUACACAAUAA